CUGGGGGCGCGCCCUUGAAGGCGCUGGCGCGGUGGGGCUGGCGGUUGGUCGCUCCUGGAGGUAAAGGCGGCCUCUGCUGGGCUUUCAGCCAAAUUCAGCCUCCUGGAGGAACCAUGUCUCCUGCGACUUUGGGUGUCACCUGUUGUGCCCGGCGCAUACCACUGCGUGAGAGAUGUAGUGUGAAUUCUCUGUGAAUGUUGGGAGGAGGAAAGCCAGAACUGCCGGCCAAAAAUUAUCCAAACAUGCGAAAUAUGUAGGCCGGGGACCCUGAAUCAGCUCGUGAGAAUUGCUGCUCAUUGUUUCUUCUGUCUUAUCUCCUGAAUACUGGUGCAGAACCAUUUGCUAAGGCCAUAAGUAACCAUCUCCAAUUUCUUAAUACAGCCCCAGGAUGGACUUUCUAGUUCUCUUCUUGUUCUACCUGGCUUUGGUGCUGAUUGGUGGUGUUAUGAUCUGCAUCUGCUCCAAAACCCAUUACCUGAAAGGCCUGGUCAGCGGAGGUGCACAGAUAUUUUCCUAUAUAAUUCCAGAAUGCCUUCAGAGAUCCAUGCUAGGAUUGCUUCAUUACCUCUUUCAUACAAGAAACCACACCUUCAUUAUCCUGCACCUCAUCUUGCAAGGGAUGGUUUAUACUGAAUACACCUGGGAAAUAUUUGGCUACUGUCAAGAGCUGGAGUUCUCCUCGUAUUACCUUUUUCUGCCCUAUCUGCUGCUGGUUAUAAACCUUUUUUUUUUCACCCUAAGUUGUGUAACUGACCCUGGCACCAUAACAAAAGCCAACGAAUUAUUGUUUCUUCAAGUUUAUGAAUUCGAUGAAGUGAUGUUCCCAAAGAACAUGAGGUGCCCCACUUGUGAUUUAAGGAAACCAGCGCGAUCCAAGCACUGUGCUGUGUGUAACCGGUGUGUGCACCGUUUUGACCAUCACUGUGUUUGGGUGAACAACUGCAUCGGGGCCUGGAAUGCCAGGUACUUCCUCACCUACCUCUUGACGUUGACGGCCUCGGCUGCCACCAUGGCCAUUGUGAGCAUCGUGUUUCUGGUUCGGUUGGUGCUGUUGUCGGACUUGUAUCUGGAGACUUACGUUGAUGAACUUGGACACUUCCAGGUUAUUGACACCAUCUUCCUUAUUCAGUACCUGUUCCUGACCUUCCCAAGGAUUGUCUUCAUGGUGGGCUUUGUCCUGGUGCUGAGCUUCCUCCUGGGCGGCUACCUGUGCUUUGCUCUAUACCUGGCUGCCACCAACCAGACCACUAACGAGUGGUACAGAGGUGACCGGGCCUGGUGCCAGCAUUGCCCCCACGUGGCCCGGCCCCCAUCAGCAGAGCCCCAGGUCUACCGGAACAUUUACUCCCACGGGCUUUGGAGCAACCUUAGAGAGAUCUUUCUACCUGCUGCUGUACAUUAUGAGAGAAAGAAGAAAUAAGAAUGGAAAGAGUGUUACUGCCUUUUAAAUAUAGAAUCCGUUUAUUUAUA